CGUCCCCGUCACCACGCGGUGCGUCCUCGAGAGCGGGCAGGUGCCGCCGCACAUAAGCCGCUUCGUCAUCCCCCUCGGCGCAACCCUCAACAUGGACGGGGGCGCGCUCUACUUUCCCGUCGCCACCGUCUUCCUCGCCGUCACCGCCGGCCUCGCCGACCAGCUCUCCGUCGCCAGCUACGCCAUGCUGCUGCUCAUCGCGACCCUCGGCUCGGCCGGCGCGGCGCCGGUGCCGUCCGCAGGUCUCGUCCUGAUCGUGACGGCGUACAACACGGUCUUCAGCGCCUCGGGCAUCCCGCCCACCUUCUCCUACCUCCUCGCCGUCGACUGGCUGCUUGACCGCCUCCGCACCACGCUCAACGUCACCGGCGACGCCGCCGUCGCGCGGCUGGUGGCGCACUACGAGGCUGCGGAGGCGGCCUCGGCGCGCGAGCGGCGAGCCCGAUGCGGCCGCGAGCUAGGAGGGAUGGAGGCGGGGCGGAUCGGAGGCGGCGGGGCUGGCAGCGGCGGCGGAGGACCUCUGGCGCCGGCGCGAGACCAAGAGGCGAGAUCCGACCUCGAGAGCUAACAGGCCAUCGCACGUUUUCUUUUCUACUUCCUUUCGUCGUUC